AUAUAUUUUGAAUAAAAUUUUCCUCGAAGAGGUUUUGGAACAUAUCCGUGAUUUACGGGGCGAAGUGAUGCUUUUCUCAGCCAGAUACGUUUCGAACAAAAUCACAUCAAAUGAACUUAAUUUCAUCGAUUUUUGUGCUAAACGUGGUUAAACAAAUAUCGAGCAACACUUUUUUCUUGUUAAAUCAUUGUUUCUACAUAAAAACAUAUCAGUUGAGUGUAUUUUUAUGAUAGUUUAAGGUGAGCGAAGUAUUCUCAAUAUUUACCCAGAGAGAGAGAGAGCACGUACAAUUAUGCAGUUUCACGAUUCGCAACAGAAGUGCUUAAUGGAGGCUUUUCGCACAGAUUGCCAGUCGUUAAUAACACGCUUUGAAUUGUCUUAUAAUACUCACUUUCAAAAUUUCUGUGAGAUCUGGAAAGAAAUGCAGUUUGGUUUGAUUUUUGCUUAUCAUCCUUCGGAAGCAGCUUUAAUGACAUUUUGUGAAGAUGCCCUUUGCAUAAUAAAGCAGUUUCUUGUAAAUGCAUCCAGUUUAAAGGAACGUAUAGGGGCUCUUUAUCUCACAUAUGGAGUUUACUAUAAAAUGCCAGUAAAACAACUAAAGAUCAGAAUGACUCUAUCAGAUUGGAGUUGCUUAAUGGAAUUGCACAGUCAAAUAAAACAAGAGGAAUAUCUUGAUGCUAAUUAUAUCUUAUGCAAAAUGAUUGUUGAUCAUGUAUUUAUUCAUUGCAUUAGUGACAGAGAGUAUGGUAUCGAGAGACAUUUCUAUCAAAAGCAAGAACAGCCCAAGUUGGACGUUAAUUUGAUGCCAGAAAUUAAAGAACUAGCGGCACCAGAGAAGCUGCUAUCGACUAUUAGCAAAUUAAGCAAAGUAUAUGAGGAAAAGAAGCGUGCUUUGUUUGAUGCGGAUGGAGAAUCUAGCCUGCAACUUUACGAUGCUAGUAUAGCAGAUAAUAUUGUUGAUAACAUUCGUACAAUGCAGUCGGAAAGUAGAAUAUUUGUCAAAUCAGCCGAUAUGAUAAACACUAGCUGUAGUAAGCCAACAACAGCAACAGCGACCGAAACUGUUCAAAAAUGUCAAAAACGGAUAAGAAUUCGCAAAAAUCAGGUCUUAUCCAAGAUAGGCCGAGCGUUCGAAAAAGGAUUACAAUCCGAAGAAGAAUCGGAAGCGGAUGAAGAUAUAUGAAGAAUAAAUAGCGUUGCUUUAUAAAAUUUGCAAAAAAUCAUAACUCAAGAAAUUGAUUCAAAUAUCAAUUUAAGUGUAAAUAAGAGCUUUUGUUCUAAUAAACCUUCAACUGGUUGUUGUCAUCAAAGCCGGCGCUGUGACCUGCAUUUCUCACGA